AUGAAACAUAUGCAACAUUUUACUAGAGGUCUCAAAGCUCAAACGAGAAUGCUUCUGGAUGCCUCAGCUGGUACCAUAAAGACUAAGAAUGAAGACGAGUUAAAAGAGCUAACCGAAAGAAUGUGUCAAAAUGUGUAUCGCUCAAUAAAUGACCGAACAACGAAAACAAAGGGCGUGCUUGGAUUAGAUUCGAAUACAACAGUUCUAACGCAACUUGAGGUUAUUUCAACACAAUUAGCCGCAAUUGCUACUAUUCCGGCCAAUGUUAAUCAGAUUCAGACACUACAUUAUGAUUUUUGUGGGCAUGAACCUGUUAAUGGCAACCAUAUUUCGGAGGGAUAUACAGAAAAAACGUACUAUGCUAGAAAUUUUUAA